UACCUCCCCAGCUUCCUGGCCACCUACCGCGCCUUCGCCACUCCCGGCUGCGUGCUGGAGCUGCUGCUGCCAUUGGGCCCCGACAGGUGAGCUGCGGGUGUGUGUGCUGGGAUCCCCCCACCCCGACAGGUGAGCCCGGGGAGGCUGCUGGGAUCCCCCACCCUGACAGGUGAGCUGGGGGUGUGUGUGCUGGGAUCCCCCCACCCUGACAGGUGAGCCUGGGACAGCACUGGGAUCCCCCCACCCCAACAGGUGAGCCCAGGGGGUGCUGGGAUCCCCCCACCCCGACAGGUGAGCCCGGGGCGGUGCUGGGAUCCCCCGACCCCGACAGGUGAGCUGGGGGUGUGUGUGCUGGGAUCCCCUGACCCCGACAGGUGAGCCCGGGGUGGCGCUGGGAUCCCCUCACCCUGACAGGUGAUCACUCGGCUCCCCCCACCCCUGACAGGUAAGCCUCGGGGUACGUGUGCUGGGAUUCCCCCAUCCCUGAUGGGAGCACUAGGAUCCCCCCACCCUGACAGGUGAGCCCUGGGGGCUGGUCUCUGGGCAUGCUGGGAGGCGAGAACCCUGUAGUCUGGUCCUCGUGGUGGGGGCCCUCACCCACCCGGGCCAGGGAAGGGGGCUGCUUUGGGUUGGGGGGUCUCACACCAGCUCCUGGGGUUACAGGGAUGCCCCCAGAUCCAGAGGGGAGGGGCCUCCUCUUGUCAGGACUGUCCCCCCCCCUUCCCCCCAGGUCUGUGCUGCAGGUGCUGGAGCUGUGGCUGCGUGAUCACCCCGAGGAUUUCCGGGAGCCCCCCCAGCACCCCAGCCUGCGCCAGCUCCAUGGCUAUCUGCGCCAGGCAGCCCCGGGCUCGGAGGGGUGUGCGCGGGCCGAAGGGCUACUGCAGGGCUUUCAGGAGGAGCCAGGAGAUGAACAGGUGGAGCCUGAGGGCCCCUGUGCAGCCGGCUGGUCUGAUGCCCGGUGCUGUCUCCCCUGCAGGCUGUGAAUCCCCUGGGGCUGGUCCGCUGGCGCUGGGGGGCAAAGGGGGGCCAGAGGGCUGCAGGGAGCCCCCUGAUCUCCUGUCGUUCAGUGUGGAGGAGGUGGCCGAGCAGCUCACGCUAAUGGACAUAGAGCUGUUCAUGCAGGUGCGGCCCUUCCACUGCCUGGGCUGUGUGUGGUCGCAGCGGGACCGCAAGGCCGGCGAGGGGGCUGCGCCCAGCGUCCGCGCCACCGUGGCCCAGUUCAACGCUGUCACCGGCUGCGUCGUCGCCUCGGUGCUGGGUGACGUGCAGCUCCGUGCGCCGCAGAGAGCCUGGCUGCUGGAGAAGUGGGUCACCAUCGCCCAGCACUGCUACUUUCUGCGUAACUUCUCCUCCCUGCGAGCCGUGAUCUCCGCCCUGCAGUCCAGCCCUGUGCACCGGCUCAAGAGGACCUGGGCUGCCGUCAGCCGGGACACCAUGGGCAUCUUCCGGAAGCUCUCGCAGAUCUUCUCCGAUGACAAGAACCACCUGAGCUGCCGGGAAAUCCUGCUGCAGGCGCCCCCCCCGGCCACGGUUCCGUACCUCGGCACCUUCUUGACGGAUCUGGUGAUGCUGGACACGGCGCUGCCGGAUUUCCUGGAGGGUGGGCUCAUCAACUUUGAAAAGAGGAGGAAGGAGGCAGAGAUCCUGCUGCGGAUCCGGCAGCUGCAGGCGUCGUGUGGGGGCUACGCCCUGCGCCCCAACCCCCCCGUGCUGGCCACCUUUCAGCGCCACGCCCGGCUCUCCGAGGAGCAGAGCUACCGGGUCUCCCGGCUCAUCGAGCCCCCGGCCGACUCCUGCCCCAGCUCACCCCGCGUGAAACGCAGCCUCAGCAAACGCUUCAGCUCGCUCCUGCUGGGGUCCGAGGCCCUGCCCCCCCGGCUGCCCUCUGCAAAGGGCAGCAUCUCGCCCUCGGGCACCGGCAGCAGCUGCGAAGCCGAUGAGGGGCCCAGUGCCCCCUGCUCCCCAGAGAUGGGGGGGGCCCUCUGCAAGAGCCUGCUGGAGCUGCCAUUGAGCACCUGCCCCCCCGAGGAGCCGUCCUCCCCCCUCGCCCGCCGCCCCUGCUCGCCCCUCUACAACCAGCAGGGGGCAGACUCGUGCAUCGUGCGGGUCAGCAUGGAGAACGCCCACGGCAACCUCUACAAGAGCAUCCUGCUGACCAGCCAGGACAAGACCCCAGCCGUGGUGCUGCGCGCCCUUCAGAAACACAGCCUGGAAGGGACCCAGCCUGGAGACUUCCAGCUCCUGCAGCUGCUGGGGGGCGGCCGAGAGCUGCUGAUCCCCGACGGGGCCAACGCCUUCUACGCCAUGAAUCCAGCCGCUGACUUCAACUUCGUCCUGCGCCGGAAAGGCCCCCCCAGCCCCCGCCUGCCCCCACCCAGCCCUGCCCACAGAGCCCCCACUCCCCUCCCCCACAGCCCUGCCCUAACCACGGAGCCCCCACUCCCCUCCCCCCUAGAGCCCCUUUUACCCCCUGCACCCCGCAGCCAGGCCACCCCCCCACGCUCCCUGCUCUCCUCACUCCCUGCCCCCAGCCCCCCCCAUCCUAGCACCUCCCCCCGGCAGCCUCCCCCCUGAUCUCCACCCCCAGAGCCCCCUGCUUCGUUCCCCAGCUCCCCCGCCCCCUGACUGGCUGCACAUCCCGCUCCUCCCUGCGCCCCCUGUUGGCCCCUCCCCAGGCUGCUGUGCACUGGGCCCCCCAUUGUCUUGACCCAUAGGGGUCACCAAGACUCUGGGGAUCUAUACUAUCCCCCCCCAUGCCAGCAGGGAAAGGGUGACAGGGAAACAACCCUCAGCUGGGCUCUCCCAACUCCCCCCCCCGUCAAUCCCUGGGUAUGGGCACCUCCCAGCCUGCCCCCCCGUCCCGCCCAGCAGCCAGGAGUGCCAAGCAUGCCGUGGGGCACCGGAGACGCGAGGAUCGGCUGUGCUGAGGGCCGGGCUUCCCCCGUGUCCCGAAGUCCCCGGGCGAUGCUCUGGAACUGCUCCCUCUGAAGCCAGGCAGGACUCUGGGGAAGUCUCCUCUCUGGGAGCAGCCUGUCUGCAGGACACACAGCUCACCCGGCUUCCACCGUCCUGGGUCUGACCCUGGAGCAUUCAGCCUCCUCUGCCCCUCCGUGCGCUUCCCACAGCGAGUCCGCCCAGGCGGGGUCCUGGGGGAGCCAGAGGGUCCUGCCCCCCAGCUCCGCAGUCAGACGUGACUCUCAGCCAGCCAGUAAAACAGAGGUUUAUUAGACGACAGGAACAUGGUCUAACACAGAGUUUGCAGGUGCAGAGAACAGGACCCCUCAGCUGGGUCCACUUUGGGGGGGCAGUGAGCCAGACAACCACGUCUGCCCUUCACUCCAUGUCCCAGCCAGCCCCAAACUAAAACUCCCUCCAGCCCCUCCUCCUCUGGGCUUUGUCCCUUUCCCGGGCCAGGAGGUCACCGGAUCCCUUUGUUCUCCAACCCUUUAGCUCUCACCUUGCAGGGGGGAAGGGCCCAGGCCAUCAGUGGCCAGGAAACAGGGUGUUGUUGGCCAUUGUCUGUGUCCAGACCCCUAGAGACACCUGCCCUCUAGGGCUCUGCAAUGAUCAUACACCCUUAUCCCACCCCCUAGAUACUUAAGAACUGCAUCGGGGAAACUGAGGCACCCCCACACUAUUCAGAGGAACCAUUAAGAACAGUCCCACUUCAUCACACCCCAGCUGCCCUGCUCCUGGGAAGAGGGGUUUGGGGGGCAGGCGAUCCACGGGGACCUGGAUGGGGCCAGCGCUCCUGGGAGAGGUCCCCGCCAAGGGGUGGGAUCUGUGCUGGGGCUUCCCCUCUCUCGCUGCUCCCUAGCAAUCAGCCGAGGGGGGGCUCUGAAUCCUGGAUGUUCCGGCCCCUGCGGGCCCUUCUUCCAAUAAAUCCCUCUGAGUAGAGCAAACCAUGGUCUGAUGGUCUGUUCUGCCCCACACCCUGGGGGUAUCUGGGGCAAGCUGGUGUUAGUAGGGGGUGGAGAUGGGGGGCAAGCGAUUUUCCCAGCAGCCCCAGAAGAUUGAAAUUCCCUCCCCCCCCCAUUGCCCCUUCAUUUUUUGCAGCUG